UUCAAUAAUUCGCUUUGGUUAAAUAAACAUAUGAUAUCAUAUAUCAUGUAUGUUAUUCGCACCGAUGCAUUUCUUAGUACUUAAGAACGUCGCGUGUGUUAAACAGCAUUUGCGUGCGAUUUAGUAUUAUUUUUUGUAUUUAGUUUUAUAGGUGUCAACCUUUUUCUAUAAUAAACUGACAACACAGCCGGUGUUUAUAAAUUAGUAAUAUCUGAAAUGGGUCUCAUUAUUAAGUGAACUGACUCUGAUUCUUAUUGAAAAUGUUUCCAUCCGGUGCUAUGCGAUUUCGCAUAAUUAUUUUAAUAUUAAUCAUAUUUCUUAUAUGGCAAAUUGUAAGACUGUUUCCAGUGUACUCUCCUUUUGCUACACUGAACAAAACUGCUGAUGCAUCUGGGGUGCCAGUAUUAGUUACUGUUUUUUACGAAGCACUUUGUCCUGACUCCAAAUCAUUUGUGGUUAAUGAGCUGGUGCCUGCAUAUACUAAGGCUAAGAGUAUUUUAGAUUAUGAUUUAAUUCCUUAUGGAAAAGCGAAAUGUGCCAGGUCAUUAGAAUUUGAUCCAGAACCAAUUCUUGAAUGUUCCAUAUCAAAAAAAGGGUCUGAAUUAUUAAAGAAACAUGGCGAGGCUACUGAUGCACUUAGCCCAUCAAUAACAUUUAUACCAACAGUUCUCCUUGAUGGAUCAAGAGGUUCACAGACAGCUAUAUUAAAAGACUUGCUGGGUGAAGUAUGUAAAAUAGUUUCUAAGGAUGGAAACAUACCUCCUCCAUGUAAAUGAUUUUUGUAUAAUCAUUAAAUAAUUCCUUAAUACUCUUUAAGUAAUCUUUUUUAUUAAAGUUUAGUAUUUAUUAUUUCAAUUUUAAAUAAAACAAAAG